AUGGAUGUUGAAGAAAAACUAAUAAAUAAUACUGGAAUAUUGCAAUAUGAAAAUGAAAUUAUUUUACAGUUAUAUCAUGAAGAUGGAUUGCUUAUAUUAGCUAGAGGUCUUGGGCUGGAAAGAAUAUUUUGUGAAAUAAUGAAACUAUAUUGUGCCGAACAUAAUCUUGUUUUUAUAAUGGGUUGUACUGAUGUUGAACAAACAUAUUUCAUUGAACAACUUAUCAAUGAUGGUAUCGAUCCUGCACCACGUAUUAUAACUGCAGAUAUAUCAAUUCAAGAUCGAAAAGAACUUUACGUUCAAGGUGGACUUUUCUUUGCUACUGCACGUAUUUUAACAGUUGAUCUAUUAACUGAUCGUAUUCCAAUUGAUUUAAUAACUGGUUUAUUAGUUUAUCGUGCUCAUCGAAUAACUGAUUCAUCAUCAGAAUCAUUUAUAGUUCGUUUAUAUCGUCAUAAAAAUAAAACUGGUUUUAUAAAAGGUUUUAGUGAUUCAUCAUUAGAUUUUACACGUGGUUAUAAUCAAUUAGAAUGUGUUAUGAAAAAUUUAUUUCUUCGUAAUGUUUAUUUAUAUCCAAGAUUUCAAGUAACAAUUCGUUCAACAUUUGAAAAUUGUUCACCUGAUGUUAUUGAAUUACAAGUACCAUUAACAUUAUUAAUGACAGAUAUUCAAGUAUCAUUAAUGGAAUUAAUAAAUGUAUGUUUACAAGAACUUCGUUCAUCAACAACAUGGAUUGAUAAUGAUCUAUUAACUGUUGAUCAAGCAAUAUUAAAUUCUUUUGAACGUUUAAUACAUUUACAAUUACAACCAAUAUGGAAUCAAGUUAGUUUAAGAACAAAACAAUUAUUAAAUGAUAUAAAAACUUUACGAUUAUUUGUACUUUAUUUAACACAAUAUGAUUGUGUAACAUUUUAUAAUGCUGUACAAGCUGUUUUUAUUAAUGAAAAAUUAUAUGGUUCACGUGGAAAAAAUAUUCAUUCAUCACAAGGAUCAACAGGUAGUUGGCUUUAUUUACCAGCUGCUGAAAGAUUAUUAAUGGCAUCGAAAUGCCGAGUAUUUGGUGAAACAACUAAAAAACAAGUUCAACAAACAAAAGAAAAUGAAGAACCACCAAAACUUGAAGAAAAUCCGAAAUUAAAACUUGUUUCUGAUGUACUUCAAGAAAUUCGAGAAAAUGAAGAUAAUAAAUUAUUAGGACCUCCAGUUACAUUAAUUGUAUGUGCAGAAGAUCGAGCAUGUUCACAAUUGAAACAGUAUCUUUUGUUAGGUGGAAGAGUUAUGCUCGAACGUUUAUUAGAACAAACUCUUAAUGCAUCAAAUACAAAUGAAACAACAAAAGAAAGUGAAACAAAAAAAACAAUGGAAAAGAAAGGAAAGAAAACACGAACAACAACCGAUACAAAAGAAGAAGAAGAAGAAUCAAAUGAGAAUUCCAAUGUCGAUAAUAAACCUGAAAUAGAAGGGAUUGAAGGUGGCUAUGUCAUUGAAGAUGAUGAUGGAUUUACAAGUCCAUCGACAACAAUUCUUUAUCCAUUUAGUGGAAAUAUUGAUAAUCAUUUUGUACUAGGAAAAAUUUUACUUAAAUAUCGUCCACGUUUUGUUAUAUUAUAUGAUGCAUCAUUAACAUUUGUUAGACAACUUGAAGUUUUCAAAGCAACAAAUCCUGAACAUCCAUUACGUAUUUAUUUUCUUCUUUAUGGAAAAUCAAUUGAAGAACAACGAUAUUUAUUAAGUGUAAAAAAAGAAAAAGAAGCAUUUGAAAAUCUUGUUCGAGAAAAAGCAUCUAUGGUAAUACCCGAAGAACGUGAAGGACGUGAUGAAUAUAAUCCAUUAUUAAGUCGUGAUCCAACUCCAGCUAAUCAACAAGCAUAUGGAGUUGGAGCAGCUUCUACAAUUGAUCAAAGUGAUACAAGACGUGGUGGUUUAUUUCCUAUGACAACAAUUUCAAAUAUUCGUCCAAAAGUUAUUGUUGAUAUGCGUGAAUUUCGAAGUGAACUUCCAUCAUUAAUAUGGAAACGUGGUAUUGAUAUAGAACCAGUUACACUUGAAGUUGGAGAUUAUAUUUUAACACCUGAAAUAUGUAUUGAAAGAAAAAGUGUUUCGGAUUUAAUUGGUUCAUUAAAUAAUGGUCGAUUAUAUCAACAAGCUUUACAAAUGACAAGAUUUUAUAAAAGACCAAUGUUACUUAUUGAAUUUGAUCAAAAACAAGCAUUUCAUCUAGCUAAUAAACAAAGAUAUAAUUCAUCAUCAGAAUUUAGUUCACAUGAUAUAACAUCCAAAUUAGCUUUAUUAACAAUGCAUUUUCCAAAAUUAAGAAUUUUAUGGUGUCCAUCACCACAUGCUAGUGCAGAAUUAUUUGAAGAUCUUAAAAGAGAUCGAGAAGAACCCGAUACAAAAAGUGCUAUGUUAGUAACAGCUGAAUCAGAAUUACUUGAUAAUGAUGAACGAUAUAAUACCAUUGCACAGGAUCUUUUAAUACGUAUGCCCGGUGUAACAUUUAAAAAUUAUAAAUUAAUAAUGAAUAAUGUUGAAAACUUACGUGCAUUAAGUCAAUUGAGUGAAAAUGAAUUAACAACAAUAAUGGGAAAUUCUAAACAAGCAUCAUUACUCUAUAAUUUUAUUCAUAAACAAAAAGGUGAUCUUGUUCUUGAUAUUAAAACUAAAGCAACAUCGAAUAAUAUAUGGAAAAAACGUCGAUAG